AGAGGUCAGAAUGGAGGGCAGUCUGCUGUGCUGGGAGCCCGAGAAGGAGCUGAGGGCCCAGGCUGAUCCUGUCCUGCUCCAGAGCCGGGUGCUGGAGAGGCUCCUGGCAUCUCAGGACAGAUACAUGGCCUCCCCCACAUACUUCCAGUGUGUACAGAAGGAGAUCUACCCAUACAUGAGGAAGAUGCUGACAAGCUGGAUGCUGGAGGUAUGUGAAGACCAGCGAUGUGGAGAAGAGGUGUUCCCCCAGGCCGUCAACUGCUUGGACAGGUUCCUGUCUGUGGUGCCUGUAGAGAAGAGGAGGCUUCAGCUUGUGGGUGCCACCUGUCUUCUUCUUGCCUCCAAGCUAAAGGAGUCCAAACCAGUAACCAUUGAGAACCUCUGCAUGUAUUCGGACUUCUCCUUCACGGACAAUGAAAUGCGGGCCAUGGAGCUGCUCAUCUUGAACAAGUUAAAAUGGGACCUAGAAGCAGUGACACCCAGAGACUUUCUCCCACACUUCUUGGAGCUGCUCAGCAUGUCACCAGACAAGAUGCAGAAGGUCAGGAAGCAUGCUGAAACCUUCAUUGCUCUCUGCACUACAGACUGUUCUUUCAUCGCUCUACCAGCCUCUAUGGUGGCCGCCGCUAGCGUGGCAGCUGCAGUUACAGGCUUGCGGCCUGAGAACCUGGGCAUGUCCUGCUCCAGUAUAGCAGCGACAACCUACCUCGCCAGAGCCAUUCGUUGUGAUCCGAAUAUCCUGAGAAUGUGUCAAGAGCAAAUCGAACUGUCUUUGGAAUCCAACCUCCGACAUGCUGGAAGUGACAGAAUCCCAGAUUCCAAGACCGUGGAGGAGAUUGAGCGGGCCAGCACUCCCACUGAUGUCCUGGACUUUGAUCUGUAA